ACCCCACAAUCGCAUGCCUCGUACCUCGAGCGCGGUCCGAACGGUUUAUUCGUCUGCCGCUCGCUAACCGAACCACACGGCUCCCAACAGCGGAAGCGCGGAGCGAAAACACAAGUUUUGUGAAUUAAAAAAGAAAGUUUAAUUGCGUUGAAUGCUAUUAGUCUAUUCAGAAUGUCGACUCUGAUCGAAGUUUGUGGACCCCUCUCACCGCCGUCAACGCCUCCGUUGAUGGAAAACAAAGUCGAGUUACCUUACAAGAAGGCUGCAGUGAAACGCGCUCGAGAGUCGCCGCCGCCCACCGGACUGGUCACUCCUCAGCCCUCUGAUUCUGAGGGUGAGGAAGACUUCAGCAAGAGGUCCCGGUGCGAGCUGGCGCGGCUCCUGCUGACGACCCCGCCGCCCGAGCCAUGCUGCCGGCCCUCCGUCAUAAUGCGCGCGCACAAGGACGGCACCUGCAGCCCCGAGCCGCUGGCGCCUCCGCCGCAGCAAGACAACAUGAACAUCCUCAAAACCCUCAAGUUCAAAAUGAACAGAGGACACAGUUACUCGCAAGCUAAAUACAUAGCGUCGCAAGCUCAAGUAGUUCCUCCUAUCCAAGUGGAGCCUCCGAGCCCGCCUCCCAAGGCGGAGGAGGCUCGCGUGCCCUCGCCUCACCCCGAGUGUGUGCCCAAACAUGAAGUGCGCGACGAGCAGCGCGUGCCGUCGCCGGCCGCCGCCCCGGGCUGGGUGCCGCUGGCGCCGCGGCCCGCGCCCGCCGUGCUCGUGCCCGGCACGCUGCUGCCCACCACCGCGCUGUGGCUGGUGGCGCCCGCCCCGGCCGCGCGCCGCCGCCUCUACGAGUGUUCGUAUCCCGGCUGCGGGAAGAAUUACUUCAAGUCAUCCCACCUGAAAGCUCACGCCAGAACCCACACCGGCGAGCGCCCGUUCCGCUGCGCCUGGGCUGGGUGUGAGCGUCGCUUCUCGCGCUCGGACGAGCUGUCCCGGCAUAAGCGUACACAUACUGGAGAGAAGAAGUUCGGGUGUCGUGUGUGCAACCGCCGCUUCAUGCGCUCUGACCACCUCGCCAAGCACGUCAAGAGACACGCCAAGGAGCGCGUGCCCCCAGCGCCCGUGCUGAAGCUGCUGCCCUCGCCGCCGCUGGCCAUCCCGGUCCCGGUGCAGCCCGCCGUCGCGCCCGCACACUAACUCUGUGCGCGCCACGACACCUCGACUGUGAUCCAGAUCUCAUGAUCGUUACCUAGUUGUAGUUGUACUCAUCUCUAAGACUGUCCUAUGUCUACUUAAGUAGCAUCUAGUUGUAAGAAUAUGUUAUUGUUAGCGACGUUAAGCUUCCAAAAGAUUAAACUAAAUGUUUUAUACAA